GGAGCAGCGCGCUGAUUCGUCGGGCAGCGACCUGGGCCUGUCCGCCCUCGAAAACCUGUCGUCGGCGGGAAAAGUCGACCUUCACCCGCUGUUCUCUGUCUCUUUAUCCACCUCUCCCCAACUCCAAUCCAUCCUACAUCUACAAUGCUCGCUCAGUCGAUCCGUGUCGCUGCUCGCUCUGCUGCCGCUCCUGUUCUCAGACGGAGAUUCGGUACUACUCUCGCGCGACGAGACCUCAUCUCCGACCUCUACAUCAAGGAGCUCAAGUCCUACCAGGCCCCUCCCGUCAAGGCCAGCGACUCCGUCGGCCAGGUCAAGCCCUGGACUCCUCCCGCCGCUCCCGCCAUCCCCACCGUCGAGGCCGGUGCCGAGGCUGAUCUCGCCGAGUACGAGGCCCAGGCCGUCGAGGUUGAGGACUCCACCGUUGCCGAGGGCGAGGUUGCUGCUCCCACUGAGAGCCUUGAGGAUUGGUUCGUCGUCAAGCCUCUUGAGGAUGCCCACCAUUAAAUAAUUUCAAAUUAAAAUUCAAAAUAUCAUUUUAGUUUCUUUUUUUUAUUUAUUUAUACAGUGGCUCUUUAUUUGUCUUGUUUUUGGUUUGAAUGAUGGGAAAGAGGGGAUGCUCUGUCUUCAAACAAAGGCGUACCCAGCAAACUAGAAGUGAAAGAGUCGAUUAUUUGACUUCUCUUGCUUCUUAUGUUCAUUUGCAAUGGUGAAGGGAUAUAUGGAUCAUACAUGCAUUUCAAAUAGAUUCCGUACUCUUCAAAAAUGAAACUAUUCUUUCAAACGUAAUUGUAUUAAAGC